AAACUGCGCGCCUUUGCACGCGGCGCACGGGCAUGUCGCUGUGAGGAAAGUUUUCUGAGGGAAAAAAUGUGCGGUGUGAGAAUUUUAGACGACGAACUGAAGAGGCGCGGGUGUUUUUGUUGUCCACACGAUUUCACGGACCGUUUCCACCGCGUUCUAGUUUCGAGACAGGAUUAUCAUCCCACUGAAGACACAUUUGAUUUGCACAAUUUCUGAGGCAGCCUUAACGGUUACCUUAACUGAGUGGCGUUUUUUUCUGCACCAGUCAACUUUCGCAAUAUUUGAAGCCCGGGCGAAAACAGUGCGGCCGGUGACCUGAGGACCCACCCGAGUCUCGUUAUAGUGGAAAGUGGAAAGUGGCGCGGCACGCACUUGACGUAACCCCACUUUCUUACUUCUUCGCGCGUCGACGCGCAGCACCAGCGCGCUCUCUGGCGCGCGGCUCCGUCGUAACUAUGGAAAUUACGCGAGAGACGUAAAGGGCGCACGCGCGUCGAGCGCGGCGCAUGCGCAGUGCGCCGCCAGGGUCACACGCGUUCAUUUCUCACUCUCCGGCUCUGCCCGAAGCGUGCUGCAGCCAGCUGUCUGUGUGGCCACCGCUGAAGGUCAGGGCUCGUGACCCCAUGACUUCUUGACCGCGGAGCGACUGCGAUCUCGGAGGCCGCGCGCGAGGCAUGACGUGUGAGACGCACUGCUGAGCUGCGGCGACCCGAGAAAUGGCGGCCGGCGGCUUCUCGGACCUGCGGGAGAAGCUGAGCUUCAAGACGCCGCAAGGGAAGGGCCACAGGAGCAAGGAGGCGGGGGACGGCGGCGACGGGCGCAAGCGGAAGCACGGCCACCUGGAGGAGGAGGAGCCGCCGCCGCCGCCGCCACGCGGCCUGGAGGCCGGCCGGGUGAAGAGCGGCAUCCGCCAGGUGAGCAUGUUCAGCGCGGACGAGUGCCGCCGCAUCGAGAGCCGCAUCGACGAGGUGGUGGCCAAGGCCGAGAAGGGCCUGUACCGCGAGCACACGGUGGACCGGGCGCCCCUGCGCAACAAGUACUUCUUCGGCGAGGGCUACACGUACGGCUCGCAGCUGGAGAGGAGGGGACCCGGCCAGGAGAGGCUCUACUCCAAGGGCGAGGUGGACGACAUCCCCGACUGGGUGCACGAGCUCGUCGUCAAGAAGCUCGUCGCCAACGACAUCAUCCCCGAGGGCUUCGUGAACAGCGCGGUCAUCAACGACUACCAGCCUGGGGGCUGCAUCGUCUCGCACGUGGACCCCAUACACAUCUUCGAGAGGCCCAUCGUCUCGGUGUCCUUCUUCAGCGACUCGGCCCUCUGCUUCGGCUGCAAGUUCCAGUUCAAGCCCAUCCGAGUGUCGGAACCCGUGCUCUUCCUGCCCGUGCGGCGCGGCAGCGUCACCGUUCUCAGUGGCUACGCCGCAGACGAAAUCACCCACUGCAUUCGGCCUCAGGACGUCAAGGAACGAAGGGCUGUCGUCAUACUCAGGAGGACGAAAGCGGACGCCCCCCGGCUGGACGUGAGCUCGCCCGGGAGCGCGCUUCUCUCCGCCUUGGGUUCCGAGAGACGCCACGUUCUGAGACCGAAGCGCUCUCGCCAGAAGGCGGGCCCCGACGCGGCGCACAGGCCCAGGAUUCUGGAGAUGGACAAGGAGGAGAACCGGCGCUCCAGCCUUCCCUCCUGGCGGCGGAGCGGCUUCGCUUCGGAGAACACGUGGAGGAGGUCCCAGGAUGAAGAUGAGGAGGAGGACGAGGAGGAGGAAGCCGGUCGACGAGACGACCCCCGAUUCCUGGACCCCGUGCGGAGCGUGAAAAUGAGAAAACGCUAAGGGGCUGUCCCAGCGCUCGGAGGCUGUGGGCGGAGCCUGGCCCCCAGUGCUGGUGCACACAAGACCCUGGGGGGGGUUCCUCUGGUUUUUGCUUCUCCGUGAGACUUUAUUGGGUUGAAAUCUGAAGCGGGAAAACUGAGACAUCAUGGUGUGUGUGUGUAGAGUUCUCCAUGAGGGUGUAGGAUUAACACCCCCCCCCCGGAACAGUGGCUGCAUGAUGGUGUGUUUUCCAUGUUCUGGCUUCUUUUCCCCCUUUUCUCUUUAUUGAAACGUUAACCGUUGGGAACUGCUUAGCACCUUAGCUUACAGUAGAAUAACUGUCUUCGAUAUUUACGUUUUUAAGGGUUUUGCACAAGCAGGGGCGGCAAGUGACUGUUCUGAGAGCAGGGGGGGGGGGUGCAGUGCGAGACAUUUUAUUUUUAAGUGGAGGAUGUGCUCCUUCGAACAUGUGCUGCACUUCCUUGGAAGAAAUAAAUCUCAGAAAUGCCUCC